AGCAUGCCAUCGCUCAACUAUAUUAAUCUCGCCAUUGGUCUGGUCUUGGUGGGAAUGUCGCAGGAAACCCUUACAGUCGCAUGUGCAAGCAUCAAAAGGCGGCAAACGAUAGCAAAAAGAACCAGGGGUACAUCCUGUACAUCAUGAUGGUUUCAUCAUCCAUCUCUCCGGCCGCCAUCCUUUUGUACGGCUGGAGCGCAAAAUACCCCCUGCACUUGGUUGUCCAGAACCCCUGUGUCGUCAUCGGCGGAUUCGGAGGCAUUGGCCUUUUCUUGAGCAUCCAGGGCGUGAGUCUCCAUCUCGGCUGGUCGCAGCCUCCUCAAACUCUCCUAAUGACAGCCUUUUACCUCUCCUUCCUUGUCUUCGAAUUUCAGCUCUUAAUGUAAGACAUGCACAAAAGCUUCAAUCUCACAUGGGCAACUCGCUGUGGGAUUGGUGUCAGCUAUUGUCGGCACCCCCGCAUCUUUCAACCCCUACAAAUACGGACCAAAGUUGCGUGCAGGACCAAGCUAUGUGCGAAACAAUGGUCUACAACUCAU